AUGUUUAUUUUAUUUUACUUUUGCCAAGCAAAAAAAACUUGAAAGCUUUCUCUUUUUUUUUUUUUCUUUUUCUUUUUUCCCUAAAACCCUCACUCUUUUGCUUUUCACCUUCACUGGGUUCCAUUAAACCCUUCAAGUAGUAGAAAAUGCAAACGCCAAAUCGCCCUUAAAUAUUUGGGCUUUAAAUCGGGAAAAGAAAUCAUCUUGCAGUGUUUCGGCUGUCAUCCUCACUGCUUCUACAAUCUCAUUGUUUCUGGUUUUGUUCUACUGGAAAAUUGAUUGGCAGCAGGUAUGGGUUAUGAUUCUACCAUGUCCAGUACGGCAGACGACUCGAGCCACGGAAUUGACAAGCAGCACCUUGCUUCUCCCAUUAAGAAUUUGGUGGACAAGUUUCAACUUGUUCCAGAAUUCCUAAAGGUGAGAGGAUUGGUGAAGCAACACUUGGACUCCUUCAAUUAUUUUGUUAAGACGGAAAUUAAGAAGAUUGUCCGAGCGAAUCAGGAGAUUAGAUCAACAUUGGACCCCAGUAUUUAUCUUAGGUACAUGGAUGUCCACAUUGGGGAACCGUCAAUGAUUUUUGAUGCUGUAACUGAGAAAUUAUCUCCGCAGAAAUGCCGACUAUCCGACAGAACCUAUGCGGCACCAAUUUAUGUCACCAUCAGGUACACAACGGGAAGUCAUGGGCAGACAGUAGAGUCAACAAAGAAGAAUGUUAUCAUUGGAAGGAUGCCAAUUAUGCUAAGAAGCAGUUGUUGCGUGCUAUAUGGGAAAGAUGAAGAUGAACUAGCAAGACUUGGAGAAUGCCCACUUGAUCCAGGAGGAUAUUUUGUAAUCAAAGGCACUGAGAAGGUAAUUUUAAUUCAAGAGCAGCUCUCAAAGAACAGGAUAAUCAUUGAUACAGAUAAAAAAGGUUGUGUGCAAGCAUCUGUAACUAGCAGCACAGAAAAAACAAAAAGCAAAACGAUUAUAAAAAUGGAAAAAGAAAAGGUAUACUUAGAGUUGAAUAUGUUCAAAACCAAGGUCCCCAUAAUGGUUGUCAUGAAGGCCAUGGGAAUGGAGAGCGAUCAAGAGGUUGUGCAAAUGAUAGGAAGAGAUCCUCGGCUGAGUGCUCUGCUUUUGCCAUCAAUCGAGGAGUGUGCAGAUCUCAAGUUGUAUACACAACAGCAAGCACUGGAGUUCCUCGAGAGUGAUAAGAUGCUUAAAAUGCCUUUAUAUUCUACUGGUCCAGUUGAGAAGGGAGCCCGAGCUUUGAGUAUUCUUCGUGACAUAUUUCUUGCAAAUGUUCCUGUCCAUCAGCAUAAUUUCCGCAAGAAAUGCAUAUAUGUUGCAGUAAUGAUGAGGCGCAUGAUGGAAGCAAUCUUAAACAAGGAUGCAAUGGAUGACAAAGACUAUGUGGGGAACAAAAGAUUGGAACUCUCCGGCCAGCUACUAUCUCUCCUUUUUGAGGAUUUGUUCAAGACGUUGAAUGAUGAAGCUAGGAAGACAAUAGAUGCUCUUCUUGCCAGGCCAAGUCGCUCCAGCCGUUUGGACAUUUCUCAAUACAUAGUCAAAGAUUAUAUUACUCAGGGCCUGGAGAGAACCCUAUCUACAGGUAAUUGGGAUGUAAAACGAUUUAGGAUGCACAGGAAAGGCAUGACUCAGGUUGUUGCUAGGUUAUCAUACAUUGGAUCAUUGGGUCACAUGACAAAGAUCUCACCACAAUUCGAAAAGUCUAGAAAAGUUAGUGGUCCUAGAGCACUGCAACCUAGCCAGUUCGGCAUGCUUUGUCCUUGUGACACCCCAGAAGGCGAAGCUUGUGGACUGGUGAAAAACUUGGCAUUGAUGACUCAUGUUACGACAGAUGAGGAUGAGCGCCCUAUUAUGUCUUUGGUACAGUCUUUAUUACUUGUGUUUCUCCCGCCUGGUAUUCAAGUGUUUGAUAAAGUCGGACAAGUAGUAUCCUAAUUUUUUGUUUGUCUAUUUCUUAAUUCUGAGAUUUUACACUUGGUUAUUAUAGACCUCAAAAUCACAAGCUAACCAUGAUCAUUAUAAAAGUUAAAACCAGAAGUUGACGAUUAUGUUUAGAAGCUUUCAUGGAAACAAGGAAUCCCAGGAGUGAGAUUGUUUAGAUGCUUGUUACUAUUUUGAUCCCAAUGUUUUGAACGUAUUUACUACAUAAAAAUUUAAAAUUAAACUAAUCUGCCUGUGUUGUAGUUACUGUACCCUUUUAAGAAUGUUCUGUCAUGCUUUCAUUUGUAUUUUGUGAUGGCUUCUUCACUCCCAUUUUUUCUUUUUUCAAACUGCUUUGAAAUGCUUUUACUUGAGCUGAGGGUCUACCAGAAACAAUUUCUCUACCUUCCAUGGUAGGGGUAUGGUUUGCAUACACACUACCCUCCCCAGAUCCCACUUGUGAGAUUAUACUAGUCUCUAGAUAUGUUGUUGUUGUUGUAAACUAAUCUACCGGUGGAAUGCUACGUAUUAAUUGUUUGUUUUUCCUAGGAGGAACUAGUGAUGGAAAAGAUUAAACACUUAUUGAACUGGUGAUAACAACAUAAAGACAGCUCCUUAUGAGGAUUUCUAGAUGAGAAUAUGAAAAGUUUUAUCAUUAGUAUUUCUAAUUAUGGUUAUAUUAUCAUUUGCAAUCUAGAUAUAGGAUAGCAAUCUAAUUCUUCUUAUAUUAGCCUGAUUACUACCGUACUUUGAUAAGAACAAAAUCAAUCAAAAGGAAAAAGACAGGGAUAGUAAUUUCUUCUAUGUGACUACGAGCUUGUUAUGGCUAAAAAUUUGUACAGUGGGAAUUGAUGGGGUUUUAAUUUCAGAAAUGCAAUUUGCUGAGUGUAAUCUCUUUUUUUUCUCUCUCUCAAAGAACUGUUUUGGAACGAGAGGAAUAGGAGGUGUUUUGCUUGAAUCUCAACUCCAAAUCACUCUCUCAAAACUAGAUGUCUACUCUUACUUUUUUGCUGGUCUAGAUUGGCUAAUGUAUACUGAACAUUUUCUGGAGCUCCUUAGUUCCUUAUCUUAGAUUGACGUACUGUAAAGGGAUUCCCUUUUUCUUCAUUCCAGUUUCUUUUGUCAAUUUUUCUUUCAUUGAAAGUUGUAACUAUGCAUCUUCUUGAUGCCCUUUUGUGAAUGAAAUACCUUACUUUAUCAAAAAAAAAAAAAAAGAAAAA